AUAAAUUGAGCUUAUCUCGCAAUUAGUACAUCUAAGAUGUCAGAGCCGCUGUCUUUAUAGAAUGUGAAAAACAUUGCCUAAUAACAAUAUCAUUCAAACAGUCUGUUUAGGAAAUGAAGGUAAUUUGGCUUCUAAGGGCCUGUGUCCACAUUGCAUUUUUUUCUGAAUGCCACCAUCUUUUUUUAGUUGUUCCCAAUCCCAGUGUUCAGAACACUCAAGCUUUUUUGUGCGGCCACUCUUUACACUCACUUAAAAAUCUCGACACUUUCCAGAAAGGUGCAGGUGUUGUCAGUGUCACUCCUUUAGCUACAGUCUCUCCCAAGCUGUUUGAUACGUCAGUCAGAAACUGUCACAGUUUGUGAUCGGAUUGCAAUUGGAUUGCUCUUGACCACAUGAAAGUAUAGGUGUAAAUACACUCGAAACGCAUUGAGGACAGAUUGUUAUCCAAUCUGCCAAACCACUUCUGAAGGUGGUCAGGGAUGCAUUGUGACCACAUCGAACACAAGUGUAAAUGUAAAUGCGUCUCCAAUCCACAUGCAACAACUCCGUGGGUGAAAAAACGUAAGCGAGGUGCGCCAGCUGGACACAGGAACAAGGAAGAAGACAACAACAACAGCCCUCUCCGGGUAGAGACUGCCAAGAAAAAGAAAACACGGAUGAUAGCCAAGGAUGGAGUCACGGUCCUGUUGGUGUCCUGCCUCCAGUGAAGGAAUAGAUAACGCUCUCCAUUUACGCGCCCUGCUCGCAGACUGAAACUUUUCAGUGACUUCAUCUGACAAGCUUGUGUUGGGAUGGUUGCUUUCUCCCGGAGACGGAGCUUAUUAAUGGGAUUUCUCUCUCCCCUGCAUCACCUGAGGGCAGUUGGACAGUGAGCCGCGGGGCGUCUGGAGGCUGGAUGGACAACAUGUCUCCACAGCAGCAACAGGACAGCCUCAGCCGAGGCGGUGGGCAGCAAGAAAACAAACGGCGGAUGAAGUCCCAGAGCUAUCGGCGCCAGUCAGCCCCGUCUAUGGUCAUCAGCAAAGCUCUCACCAGGUCCAAGACUCUCUCCAGAGACAGCGUCCUGGUUUCUGUGUGCCCAGAGACAUGCUCACUGGUCCAGUCCUUCCUCACCGGCUCUGAUAGGUCCUUUCUUCUUCACGGACAUGCUCAGCUGAAGACUGGGAUGCAGACUCAGGACAGACACCUGUUCCUGUUCAGUGACACGCUGGUGAUCGCCAAAGCCAAGUCAGCCAACCACUUCAAGCAGAAGGCUCAGGUUUGUGUGUGUGAAAUGUGGACGGCAAGCUGCAUGGACGAGGUGUGUGAGGGAAGCACAAACCCAGAAAGGAGCUUUGUUAUGGGCUGGCCCACCUGCAACUGUGUGGCUACAUUUAGCUCAGCAGAGCAGAAGGAGAAAUGGCUCUCCCUCCUCAAAAGUCGGAUAAAAGAAGAGAAAGAGAAGGAAGAACCUAAAACCAUUCCUCUGAGAGUGUACGGGAAGGGAAUCAAUACUUUUGCUGUUACCAAGACGCUCCCUGUCAGCAACUCAGAUUCAACCAAUGAGGUGGUGCGACUGGCCCUGCAGCAGUUCAGCAUCAUAGGGAAUGUAAAAGACUUCCAGCUGUGGGUCAUCUCCAAGAGGGACAACACCCCCUAUCCUCUAAUAGGUCAUGAGUUCCCCUUCAGUAUCCAGAUGAGUCAUGUGAGACAGACGAUGUCUCAGGGAGGUGGGGGCAGGGACGUGGACAGACAGAAGGCCAUGCAGGUGGAGCAGAUGCAGGUGUACAAGCAGUGUCAGUUCAUCAUGAAGCCUCGACCUGCUGAAACACUGCAAGUAUCUGCAGAGUGGUCUCAGAAGACAUUUAAAAGGAGGCGUUCUCUCAUCACCUGGGCCUUCUGGCGAGGCUCCUCCUCUCACCUACAUGAGCUGUCUCUCGCCGGCGCACCCCGCGGCUGCCUGUUUGGACAGCCGCUCAGCUCUGUUUGUGUAGAUGAUGCUCUGCCAAAGCCAGUGAUGGACAUGAUGGCCUUCUUGUACCACGAGGGUUCUUGGACACGGGGGAUCUUCCGGCGGCCAGCGGGGGCUCGGGCAGUCAGGGACCUGCGGGAGUCUAUCGACAGCGGAGAGUUUCAGCUUCCUCUGACAAGAGACCAUAUCUUUGUCAUCGCCGGAGUAUUUAAGGAUUUCUUGCGCAGCAUCCCAGGCAGCUUGCUGUGUUGUGAACUGCACGAAGAAUGGAUGGACGUGCUGGAGGAAGAGGAGGAGGAGGAAGAGCAAGUGCAGGACAUAAAGAGGAUGAUUCGUCGUCUGCCCAAAGAAAAUGCCCUGCUGCUACGCCACCUGUUGGCCAUGCUACACGGUAUCGUGGGAAACGCCCACGAGAACCAGAUGACGAGCUUCAAUUUAUCAGUGUGCAUCGCUCCCAGCAUGCUUUGGCCUCCUGGAGCGCCCUGUAGCCCGGAAGUGGAGGGAGAAGGAACUAAGAAGGUGUGUGAGCUGGUCAAGUUUAUGAUUGAACACUGUCAGCAGAUUCUGGGAGAGAUUCCCUCCACCCUGUUUGGAGGGCCGCCACAAAGACUCAACACUGACGAGAUGGGAUCAGACUCCUGGCUGUACCCUCUGACCGACUCGUCCUACGACAGUCUAGAGAACGAGUUGGACAACAGCAGCGGUGGCUCACCGGGCUUCAGCAGCAGGAGGCACAUUCGACCCAAACCACUGCGAGGCAGCCUGGACUCCAUCACAGUCAGUGACUACGACCAGGACACAGACCCAGAUAACCCCCAGACCCAAGCUGACAGCCCACAGGGUCAGAAGUUACACCCAUUGGGGAGAAGCAGAGGCAGGAGACAGGACGCAGACCUCUCCUGCUCCACCCAGGACUCACCGACCGUGGACUCCACCCUUGACUCACUGUCCCUGGAUGGUCGGCACAGGCAGCGGAGGUGUUCAGAGCCAGCAAUAGCGUACAUGGCCAAGUUCCGGCCAUGUGCCUCAGAGAGUACUGAUGGUCUCUCUGGUGAGGAUGAAGAUGAUGAGGAAGAGCUUUCCAAGAAGCCCAUCUACCAUACACUUGCUCACACACACUCUAGAGGUCACACUCGGAGGGGUGGAGGUGAAUCCGUGUUUAAGCUCCAUGGUGUGAGGUCAGCAGCUCAGGAAGUGAGCUCCCCCAGCCUCUCCUCCACCCCCAACUCCCCUGCACCAACCCGCUCCUCCCUGGACUCUCUCAACUCCCUGCACUCCCUCAGCAGCAACCACACCUGCACAAUCAAACGGGGGCUCCACCCAACCAAGACACAUCUGCCCUCCAGCUCUCCCCCUCUGCCUGUCCCUUUAUCCGUCCCCAGCUUACCGUUCACCAUAGGCUCUGCUCUGACCCCUGGUGGACAGCCAGACCUGGGGACUUGUCCAAAAGACUCCGCACCAAAAGAAGCACCCAACUGGGGGACAUUAAAAGGCUGCGGGGGCCUCCACCCAAACUCUUGGCUGAAAAAAGGUCGCAGGCUGUCACUAACCCAACAAGACAACUUGGACAAGGAAGAGGAGGACAAGACGGGGGGAGGACCUGCUGAUAAGUUGCUCACACUUGGGAAACCCGGCCCAGAGAAAGGAAAAGCAGGUGAAAGGGGACGAGGGAAAGUGAUGUCCAGCAGCCAACCCAAGCCCAAAACCUCCAGCAGAGCCUCUAAGGACGCAGGAGGAGGAGGGAGCCGAGUAAAGGGGCGGCCUGGCCUGGACACCAACAAGCCCAGACACCUGAAACAGGACUCAUACAGCCCACCUUCCCACCACCGCUCUACAGGGAGUCUCAACCUCCCCAAAUCCCACUCAUCCAAUUCAGAAUCCACGCUAACCAUCAGGCAGCUCAACAACACCAACACCGGUGGUGACAUCACCAACCACAGAUGUGCAGCUGAAGGUGAAGUGAAUGAGCUGAAGCAGCCAUCACCACCUUCCCUCUACAAGCAGAGUGGGCCGUCCCUGUCCCUGUUUAAGCAACACAAGUCUCACUCUGUCGAGGAGGCAUGCAAAACCAAGACCCACAAGCGCCGGGGGUCAGAACCUGGACGGCAGGUUGUGGACCGAGCCUCCACCUUGACACGGGCGAGGCUACCCAGCGACCCAGGACUGAAGGUCUCAGAGGCAGAGUCACAGGGAGGGACAUCAGAGGCCCGUUUCUGCCUCUCCCCGUACGCUGCCAAAGCAGUGAGGGACUAUUUCUCCUCUCACCCGCGCAGCAGCCCUCAGAGCAGCCAACAGGUGGCGCUGGCCCUGGUGGAGAGUCGCAGGGAGUGGCUGAAGAGAUGCAGUGACCCUACAGCAGAGCCAGACUUUGACCAGCUCCUGUUUGCUGAAGAGUCUUACGUCUGAUUAUGACACAGCACAACAAAUUACUGAAAUAAAACUCAGUAGAAACACGUCACUGCCGUUUUCAACCUGAGAAUAAAUUGAUUAGUUAGUAUACUCUGCACCUUAAAUAUGUGAAGGCUUUUUGGUGUGUGAUUAGACGCUUUUAAACCUGAGUAAAUAAGUCCAUUUUAAACUUUGCCUAGAGCUUACUGCCAUUAAGGGAACAUUUUUGCUCAAAUAUCCUCGAGGCUGCAUUUACACAUGCAGAAAGAACACUACUUUGUAACCUCAUUUAUAUUGACACAAUAGAUUCAUCAGUCUAAACUAAGUUCUAUCUGAUCUUGACUUAAUGGGUUUUGUUUAAGAAAUGUCACCAUUGUGGGUUUUUUUUUUUUUAAACUUAUAUUAGGCCAAAGUUAAAACCUGCCAAUUUUAACUACCUGCUGUUGCCUUCUUUCAUCAUGAUCAAGUAGAAUCUCUCAUUAAUCAUUGGAUUGCCUGCAUUUGGACAUUCAAAUCUGUAAAGUACAGUUAGUAAAUGGUUACAGCAUAAUGAGCGUCACUGUUCUCCUGCAUUGGCACUUGAUUAAAUAAUUAACUCACAAUACUUGCAUCUGGAUAUAAUUAUGACAUUGCUGGUUUUUGUAGUAGGUCUGUGGUAUCAAUGCAGCCUGGGUUCACACUGUGACUCUGCCUCGAGCUUCAUUUUACUUUUUACACCAAGUUAUGCCUGGUUCACACUACACGACAUUUUUGUCCGUACCGAUGGUGAUUAUGUCAGAUUAGGCAAUUGUGGAGUCAAAAAAUCGUGCUGUGACUUGGCCGACUGACAUGACAGACUACACAAUGUCUUUCACGACGUGUGAUGUCAUCAGGUUAUUCUGGUCCUAUUUCAAUUAUUUUUUACUGUUCAGUCACUGGCUGCUCCUUUUUAUCCUCCAUUAUGAAGAAGUAACAUUGUUUGCGAGCUUGAGCUUGAUGCUAAUGGUAGUACACGUCAGGUUGAUAAAGUGCUUCUGCUGUUUCACGCCAUCAUUUUUCCCUUUUUUUGCUCUGUGUGGUAACGUCCCUAGAGGUGUUGUUGUCGUACAGUUGUCUACAGUAGCAGAUCGCUCUGUGUUUCUAUUGGUCAAAGUGACGGCUGUGACGGCAAAACGACAAAAAGAAAAUCAAACAUGCUAGACUUUCUGUGGCAUCUGUUGUCAUCUACUAUGACACACUACACAAGAUGAAACGAUGGAUUAUUGUAUAUGACACUCGUUGCUGUUCACGAUCCAUGCCGACAAGUACGUUGUUGCAUCGGGCCGAUACUGUGUAGUAUGAACUAGGCAUUAGUGUACAUAACAAAAGAACAGCUUAUAUAAUGGCUUAUACAUCGUGGUUAUAGUUUUGAUUCAGAAUUAUAACUUAAUGUAACUUCAAGUAUCUAAAUUUAGUUGAGUUUUGUAGAUUAAGGUUGUAGGAUUACUCACAUUUUAUGGUUUAAAAAGGAAAAUCUUAAGUUUCCCCUUAAUUACUUUAAGGAAGUUCUUAAGUAUUUUUCAGCCUGGACUAUAUUUUCUCAUGUUUUUGUAUCGAUGUGACGAGCGAUGAAACAGAUUGCAAUGUAUUCCUUAAGGACAACUGUGUACAGUCAGUUAAUGUUCCCUAAAAAUGCUUGUUUUUGCCACUGAUGGGCUCAGAUUGUUUUUCAAAGUGUGUGACAUUACAGGGAAGACCCUAUAGAGAAUGAUCCACUCUGUUUGUUAUUGUGUGUAACCAAGUCUCGCACAACGAGAAGUCUCAUCCUGAGUUUAACUUCUCCUUGAGCAAGGCCUGCUCACGGAAAAACGAAUCACAGGGUUCAUGAAGCGGUCAGACACUUCUAAUAACAAUCUGAGCCUGUCAGAGGUAACAAGCACUUUCAGUGGACAUAAAUUGGUCUCUUUCAAUACUAGGAUCAAAUUUCAAACAUUGUUAUCUCCAUUUGACACAUGGAAAAUAGGGUCCAGGUUUAAAAAUAAAAACGUUUCCCUUUGAGUCUGUACUGAUGUUCCUACUGCUUUUUACCAACUGUAGAGUCAAUGGAGGUCAGUAGUUGUAGGCGACACUGAUUAGGUUUUGCUGUCUUUCAAUAUUUGGUCAUAAAUGCUAUCAGCUGUUGUGUAAGUAUUUUUUUAAUGCUUCUUAGCAGUGGCACUUAAAUUUUGUUUUCCAGCACAUGCUUGCAGUCGCACAAUUUGAAGGUACAAUCCUUGUUUUGUAUUUGUUGCCAACAGUGUGGUUUCCACACCAGCCUGAAUUGAUUUGCAUUAAUCACAUGUUCUGUCCCAAUUUUUCUAUCAUGUAAAUAUAAUCCCUUCAGGGGGAAAUGUUUUUCAAGCUUUAUAUUUUAUGCAGCUUUAUAAACUUUAGACUGUUGCUUUAUUAUAUUGUCUAUGCCUCCUUUCUAUAUACGUAUUAAUACGCUGUGUUAACGAGCCU